CUUCCCCCCCCUCCGCCAAACUAUCCCCCGUUAAUCUCCAUCAGGUGCCUUGCGCUCCCUACUUUUCUUCGGCGCUGGUACUUUUCGUUUCCUGAACCCAUCUUCUCCCUGAUCAACCACUUUUUAAACGUCCUUCUGUUCUUACUCUUACACAGUACUCGGAAGUUAGAUCGGUCGACCGCUUCUCGUUCUGAAUCUCGCGACAUCCCUGAUACCUUUCGGCGGCUUCUGUCUGGUCAAGGCGUGUCUCCUGUUGAUCACGCUCCACCCCUCGUUGGCAUUCCACCGACAUUUUAUUUUACCCUUUUAUUCUUAGCCCUCAAUUUUUCAUUUUUUCAUUUUUCAUUUUCUCUUGAUCAACCAGCGACACAUGCAACCCGGUAUUUGUCGAUAGUCUUGCAAUUGCCGAUUUACUGCUAGGAAAACGCUGCCGCCGCCUGUGCCAUCGUCUCCCUACUCCCCUCCCCGGCCACCCACCAACCGUUUAGCGUGCACGAUAAGGGAUAUACCUACAAGCGAUCGCGCCGUAUAGCCUUGACCCAGAUGACCAGCCCUGAUACGUGAAAAUUCAGCGACUGGAUCCGUGGCUAUUAUCGACUUUCUACAUUGACCGCUAGCGAAGGUGUUUGGUUGACCCUUGUGGCUGGUUGCCUACCAGUAUAUAUCGUGUCUGGUGCACUCUCUUGGUGCGCCCAACAUCACACGGUUCAACGUUAUCCUACUACACAUAAUGUCCGUAGCUACGAUGCUGCAACCGGCUUCCAGAACCUCCACGUCCUCUUCCUCAUCAUUUCAGCCAGUUUCGCGACAGAACACAAUGUCUUCUCACGAUACCCGGUCUCUCCGCCAAUCCAAGCGGUUCUCAGUCACUGCGCUGUACCUGUCGAUGUCCGCGAAGGACAGAGACUUGGAAAUCUCAGAUGAUUUGGCGAAGGCACAAAAAUAUCUACGAGAACUCAAGUCGAAGAUCUCAACACAAUCGAAGAAAAACUUCGUCCUGGAAAAGGAUGUACGAUAUCUAGAUUCGCGGAUCGCCUUACUUAUCCAGAACCGUAUGGCCCUUGAGGAGCAAAAUGAAGUUGCGAGCCACCUCGACGAAGCCAUUGAUCCCCAAGAGGGUUUCUUCCCCAACGACGAGAAGACUCAGAAAUAUGGCAAUCUGCUCUUCCUUCUCCAAUCCGAACCUCGCCACAUCGCCCACCUAUGUCGUCUCGUCUCCAUGUCAGAAAUCGACUCCCUCCUCCAGACGGUCAUGUUCACUAUCUACGGUAAUCAGUACGAAAGUCGUGAGGAGCAUCUUCUUCUGACCAUGUUCCAAUCGGUCCUCACUUACCAGUUCGAUAAUACUCCGGAAUACUCCUCGCUUUUGCGCCAGAACACCCCAGUAUCUCGCAUGAUGACUACUUAUACUCGCCGUGGCCCUGGUCAAAGUUACUUAAAACAGGUCCUGGCCGACCAGAUCAAUCGAUUGAUUGAGUACCGCGAUGUCGACCUGGAAAUCAACCCGCUGAAGGUGUACGAAACGAUGGUCAUGGAACAUGAGGAGAAACAUGGCUCGUUGCCGGCGGAUCUGCCGAGAUCCGUUACCGCAGAGGCUGCAGCAGAAAAUGCCCAGGUCCAAGCCAUUAUUGCACCGCGGUUGAGGAAACUGACGGAAAUCGCCAAUGGAUUUUUAUCAACAAUCAUUGAUUCGGUAGAUGAGACACCUUACGGUAUCCGAUGGAUUUGCAAGCAGAUUCGAAGCUUGUCUCGACGGAAAUAUCCUGAUGCCCAGGACCAAACCAUCUGUACCCUGAUUGGAGGUUUCUUUUUCCUUCGCUUCAUCAACCCCGCCAUCGUCACCCCGCGGUCUUAUAUGUUGAUCGAUGCAACUCCUACAGAAAAGCCCCGACGUACAUUGACCUUGAUUGCAAAGAUGCUCCAGAACCUGGCAAACAAACCCUCGUACGCCAAAGAGCCAUAUAUGGCUAAACUACAACCGUUCAUUCAGCAGAACAAGGAGCGCGUUAACAAAUUCAUGCUGGAUCUGUGCGAAGUGCAGGAUUUUUAUGAGAGCCUGGAAAUGGACAACUAUGUGGCCCUUUCCAAGCGCGACCUGGAGUUGCAGAUCACUCUAAACGAGAUGUAUGCCACUCACACGCUUUUGGAGAAGCACAGUGUGGCUCUUGCUCAAGACCAACACUCGCGCCUACAUGAGCUUUUGAACGAGCUCGGCACAGCACCGACCCAAGUUCCGCGCAAAGAGAACAGGACUAUCACUGUUCCCCUCUUUAGUCGAUGGGAGGCAGCCGUGGAUGAUUUGACAUCAGCCCUGGACAUUACCCAGGAGGAGAUAUUCUUUAUGGAAGCUAAAUCAACCUUUGUCCAAAUCCUGCGAUCUCUACCUCCAAACUCAGUAGUCGCCCGCCGACCGCUCCGACUCGAUCGCAUCGCAGAGGCCGCGGCUACAUUGAAGAAUGAUGCCGUCAUGGUGCGGAAAGGUAUUCGCACCAUGGAACUGUUGAGUCAGCUACAGGAAAUGGGUGUCAUUGAUCGGUCUGAUGAGUUCAGCCUGCUUCGAGACGAAGUUGAACAGGAAUUGGUGCACCUGGGAUCUCUAAAAGAAAAGGUUCUGGACGAGACCAAAAAGCUUGAGGAAGUCUUUGCGACAAUUCGUGACCAUAACGCAUAUUUGGUGGGUCAGUUGGAGACAUACAAAUCCUACCUGCACAAUGUCCGUAGCCAGUCAGAGGGGAAACAGAGAAAGCAGCAGAAACAUCAAGAGCUCGGACCUUACAAAUUUACCCACCAACAGCUUGAGAAGGAAGGCGUGAUCCGAAAGAGCAAUGUCCCCGAGAACCGGCGAGCCAAUAUCUACUUUAUGUUCAAGAGCCCAUUGCCAGGCACUUUUGUUAUCAGCCUGCAUUACAAAGGUCGCGCUCGCGGGCUUCUGGAGCUUGAUCUCAAGCUUGAUGAUCUGUUAGAAAUGCAGAAAGAUAAUCUUGAGGAUCUGGACCUUGAAUACGUGCAAUUCAACGUAUCCAAGGUACUAAUGCUCUUAAACAAGCGGUUUGCACGCAAGAAGGGUUGGUAAGAGGCUUCUCUUGAGAGGUCUCUGCUCUGCCCCGUUACGAUGUAUAUGAAAACGAGCAACUAGCUCGAGGGCGAAAUGCCCGAGCCUCAGUUCGUGAUUUUAUUAUCCACUAACUUCACGCGCUAUGAUUUGGUGCUCAAACAAACUGCCAGUACAUCAACGGAGGUGUGCUUUGUUUGAACCACCAGCUUUAUACGAUAAUCUGGACAAGGGUAUAUACGUACCCUUUUGACUGUUUCAUGCCCCUCGAAGUGACGGGGCUGGAUUGAUGGACCGCAUAUGGACUAUGAUCUGUUUUGAAAUUCUUGUAUCGAGAUGUGACUAUAGGAGGACUGUAAUCUGCCGAGAACGGGAGUUCCUUCGAUUCCGGUAUGGAGAGACAAAGUCCUUGCUGGUUCGAGGACAGUCGCCAUGGCGGGGAUGAUUGGGCGGUUUGGUUUUACGUAUACCCUGUUGGAUGAAUUUGCGUGUGUUUCUUUUACUCGUUCUAAUCUAAACUCCUUGGAUGGUUCCUUUGUUAUUUUGGCCCAAAGUCGCCUGUUAUGUCAAAACCCCACUAUUUCAUGUACAUCUAGCAGUUGUUAAAUUCAUGAACC